AUGGGGUUUAUCACCUCGUUACUGUGCUGUUCUCCAUCUUCGUCACAGUCAGGAUCAUCGGGCAAGCCCAUGGAAAAACGAGGAGCGCAGAAACGACAGCUGUCGCCGCAGAAAUCGCAGAUUCACUCAUCGCUGUCGAAAUCGACCCGUCAAAUCCCAAGUGGUGUAGAGGGUUCUCGAGAUCACAUACGAGGAUCGAGAAACGCUAGUGGCUCUGGCUCUGGCUCCGGCUCCGGUUCUGGAACGUCGAGAUUGCCCGACUCGCGUGUUUCGGGCACGACUUCAACGACCAAGACCCCGGAAACUGCUCCGACCUACAAAUUGCCCCUGGUAGUGAGCAAGGCUCAAAGGGACGACGAUUUGGACGAAGACGAAGCUCAAAACAAAGAAGAUAAACAAAUGGUGUCGGUGUACAAUGGCGAAACGGAGUCCAGCACCGGAACUGCUGACGAGCACAACGCUCCUCCAGCAAAUCUGCCGCAGCCGCCCGCUCAGCUGCAAAAUGGCACUCCGAACGAAGAAACUGCGAUUUUGGUAACUAACGAGGCAGACAAGGCCAGUAGCAACGAAGAGUCCGGUGGCGAACUGCAGCCAGCCCCAUCUUACGAAUAUGACCCGGAUCAAGAUGGCCCUGAAGAAGUUGUUGACCUUACAAUGUUGCAGCCAGAACAAGCUCACGCCCCUGGCUAUAGUACGCUACUAUCUCCUCGCGCGCCCGAAUUCGAGGGCAAGAAGUGUUUGGUGUUGGACUUGGACGAAACGCUGGUACAUUCGUCUUUCAAGUUUCUGCGCAGUGCGGAUUUUGUGAUUCCAGUUGAGAUUGAUAAUCAAGUUCACAAUGUCUACGUUAUUAAGAGACCUGGUGUCGACGAGUUCUUGAAACUUGUUGGCCAGCUGUAUGAAGUUGUUGUGUUCACUGCCAGUGUAUCCCGUUACGGUGAUCCACUGCUAGACGUGCUAGAUCAAAAUCAUUGCAUACAUCAUCGUCUUUUCAGAGACUCCUGCUACAACUAUGACGGAAACUACAUCAAAAAUCUGUCUCAGAUCGGAAGACCUUUGAGCGAUUUGAUAAUUCUCGACAAUUCGCCCGCCUCGUACAUCUUCCAUCCGCAACACGCAAUUCCAAUCUCAUCUUGGUUCUCGGACAUACAUGAUAAUGAAUUGCUAGACAUCCUACCUCUUUUAGAAGAUCUAGCAAAAAAGAAUGUGCCGGAUGUCAGUAGGAUUCUGGAUGUUACCAUAUGA